GAGUGGGAGGAGGUGCGGGUGAGAGUCCCGCAGAAGGAGCGUUUCAAUCCCAACAUGAAUUCCACCCGCAAUCUCUGACCGACAGCAACACUAGCCAUUUAAGCAGACAUCACGGCGCCUCGCGCAAGCGGAUACUUUCCUGAAGUCUUUGCCAUCAAGAGUCUGUUUGUUUUCCACGGAUACCCUUAACGUCUUCCUCGUGACUUCAGCAUCGCCACGGAACGGGAUGAGGCGGUAAAUGUAGCGUUUCGCAUCGUUUCGCUCUGGUUGAAGCCGCAGGAGUAUGUGAUCAUGUUGGCGACGCGCUGCCUCCUCCUGUGGGCUGCGGUCACCGCGCGACUCGCCGUGACAGGCUGGGGCAGCAGCAUCAAGCGGGACGGAGCGGAACGGGGAAGCGAACAGAACGCGUAUUCGGAGGAGCUCACGCAGCCUCAGCGGCUGCUGCAGCGGUCUGACGCGGAGGAGGAGCUGCCACACGGGCACUUGGGUACUCUAGUAAAGAUUGAUGCUGAUGGAGCGCAUCCCAUUCAUUUGGCUCAGAUCUCAUUCCAGGUGACGGCGUUUGGAAUCCCAUUUGUUCUAGACCUGGAGCUCAAUCAUGAUCUCUUGUCGUCUAACUAUGUUGAACGGCACUUCGACGAGGAUGGGCGGCCUUUUCAAAGUCUGGGAGGAGAGCACUGUUACUAUCACGGUCACGUGAGAGGAGUUCAGAGGUCAUGGGCAGCUCUCUCCACCUGUCAUGGCCUACAAGGGAUGUUCUCAGAUGGCAACUUUUCAUACGGCAUUGAGCCCUUGCACAACAGCAGUGAUCAGGAUGCAAAUACUCAUGUUGUAUACAGAAUGGCAGACAUCCGGUUGAGGCCACAUUCCUCAGGAAGCACCAGGAACAGCAGUGACUCUGACAUUAACACUGACUAUCCCGUUUCUAUGGAAACGAAUGAGCCGGAGCUCACAGAUGGGCUGAGACGGGCAAAAAGACAGGUUCGGAGGGGUCCACGCACAGUUCAGAGUGAAACGAAGUAUGUAGAGCUACUAAUAGUCAAUGAUUAUGAACUGUUUGUACAGAUGAGAAGAUCAGCCCCUCAGACGAGAAAUUUUGCCAAAGCUGUAGUGAACAUGGCUGAUGCUAUUUACAAGGAGCAGCUGAACACUAGAAUAGUGCUUGUCGCCAUGGAGACAUGGUCAACUCAGAACAUGGUUUCCAUUGGCGAUGACCCUUUGGUGACCCUACGUGACUUUAUGAAAUACAGGAAGGAGAACAUCAAAGAGAAGAGUGAUGCAGCUCACCUGUUCUCGGGACGCACAUUUCAGAGCAGAAGCAGUGGCACUGCCUACAUUGAGGGGAUCUGCUCACCAACACGAGGAGGAGGAGUCAAUGAGUAUGGAAACGUGGGGCCCAUGGCUAUAACCUUGUGUCAGAGUUUAGGACAGAACCUUGGUAUGAUGUGGAAUAAAGAUCGUGCUACUGCAGGAGACUGUAAGUGUCCAGAUCCGUGGUUAGGCUGCAUCAUGGAGGAUACCGGAUACUAUCUACCCAGAAAGUUUUCACGGUGCAGUAUAGAGGAGUACAUUAAAUUCCUCCAGCAAGGAGGAGGGAGUUGCCUCUUCAAUAAACCUAACAAGUUGUUGGAUCCUCCUGAAUGUGGCAAUGGCUUUGUGGAACAAGGAGAAGAAUGUGACUGUGGCUCCCAAGUGGAUUGCUCUCGUGCUGGGGGUGCAUGCUGUAAAAAAUGCACUUUGACCCAUGAUGCAAUGUGUAGCAAUGGACUCUGUUGUAGCCGUUGCAAGUAUGAGCAGAGAGGAGUGAUCUGCAGGGAUGCAGUGAAUGACUGUGAUGUGCCGGAAACAUGCACUGGUGAUUCGAGUAAAUGUCCACAUAAUGUCCACAAACUGGAUGGUUACAUGUGCAAUGCUGGACUGGGGCGCUGCUAUGGGGGUAGCUGCAAGACCAGGGAUGCCCAGUGUCAGGCGCUCUGGAGCCACAAUGCAGCAGAUCGCAUGUGUUAUGAGAAGCUGAACACUGAAGGUACGGAGCGUGGCAACUGUGGUCAGGACAGCAGCUCACACAGCUGGAUUCAGUGCAAUAAACAGGAUGUGUUGUGCGGAUUUUUAUUAUGCACUAAUAUCACAGUGAAACCACGGUAUGGAGACUUAAAUGGAGAAAUCACAAGUCUUACCAUCUACCAUCAGAACAAGUACCUGGAUUGUCGCGGGGGUCAUGCAGUGUUAGAAGAUGGCACUGAUCUCGGGUACGUGGAGGACGGCACGCCCUGUGGUCCUAAUAUGAUGUGCCUGGACCAUCGGUGUCUUCCGGUCACCACCUUCAACCUGUCAUCCUGUCCUGGGUCGUCCUCUUCUCACGUGUGCUCUGAUCAUGGGACAUGCAGUAAUGAGGUGAAGUGUAUCUGUGAUGCAGACUACACUGGGAAGGACUGCAGUGUAUAUGACCCUAUUCCCGACCCCCAGCCUCAAGACGGUCCUGAGAAGUACAAAGGUCCGAGUGGUACAAACAUCAUUAUUGGCUCAAUAGCGGGAGCGAUACUACUGGCAGCUAUAGUAUUGGGAGGAACAGGCUGGGGCUUCAAAAAUAUCAGAAGAGGAAGAUCUGGAGGGGGAUAAAGCAUCUCAUCUGCUCCCCUGUGCUUCUGCACUGUGUUCUUUAAACUUUGAGGGAAACAGAAGAAACUACAGAUGUCUUCCACUCUCUCACCAAACUCCAGUGUCAUGCUGUCCUGUCUUUCCGACUUCCUGUUACUGCCUGUCACCUGUUGCCUAGAAACACUCAUCAGUACAUCCCAUGGUAACAUUUUUAAACUGAUUUCGAUUUUACUGAUGUUGGCUAUUUGUAAUGGGUUUUGGCUCUUUAAACCCAGCACAGAAACGGAAAAAAAGUCAUAAUUUACUCACCCUCAUGCAGUUUCGAACCUGUAUGACUUACUCUGUUUGUCAGAAAUUCACAUUGUUGAAUUCCAGAAAAAAAAAGAAAAGAAAAAAAAGCAUCAGAUAGUCAAUCCGCUAUAUGCAGAUACCUGUCUGCAUAUUCAAGCAUGUCACUUGACACACUUCACCUUUAUUUCAAUUUUUUUAUUUACUAAUUGUGGUUCUUUACCACAUUAAUCGAAACAUUUGCUAUGCAUGACCAAUUUAAAUGUUUUUUUUAAUGCUAAAGUAUAAUCAUUUUAGCACUGAGAAGCCUAGACUUUUCAAACACUCUCAGUUCCAUGCGGAUAGAAGGACAGACAUUCAGUAUUUACGGACGUCCCAGUGGAAAUCCUAAAACAAUGUAUUCUCUUGCAAUGGAAUGUCUGCUAGCAUUCCAUGUUUACUCUCAUGCUAGUCGGAUAUCUAUAAUCUUGCUGCUUUUACUGUCAUCUAUAAUAGAUAAAAAAUAUUGCAUAAUCAUAUGAAUGUACUUUUAAACAACAAAAAAUAAGGCAUUGCUUGUAUGUGUUUAAUGUAGUUCAUAUGCACAUUGCUGAGUGAGGCAAGGCAAGGUAAUUUUAGUAAAAUAUGUAUUAUACUUCAUUUGUGAAUCUUAAGCAUAAGUGGAACACCGUUUGAAUGCACUGAGCUGAGCAUAAGUAUGUAUGUAUAUAAUGUAUAUGACAGAACUAUUUUGCCAUUUGACUGUAGAAAUAAAUAGCAGUCAGAUAUAAGCACAAAUAAAUUUUUGGUGUUAAGGAUUAAAACAAAAGUUGUACUGACACUAAUAUAUACAGUGGUCAUGGGUAAAACAAUCCAUACAAAACCACAAUAGUCAAAAGUCAAAUUUCCAAUCAUUUUUAUGUUACAAUAAUCUUAUCCACUAUUCAGUUUACAGGUGCACUAAGUAUUUUUUCUUUAUGAUCUGCUGCCUGAUGUCAAAGUUGACUUUUAGUGGACUGACACUUAGGUUCAUGGUUUUAUCGUUUUAAAUGAUUUUAAUUUAAUAUUUAAUUUAAAAAAAACGCAACAUUUCCUAAUUAGAUUUACAUUCAGAAAUAAGCAGGCAUUUUGUAUUUGUGUUUACUGGGUCAUUUCUGGUAUUCUGUGCUUUUGGACAUCAUUAAAUGAGAAAAUCAAACAAUUCUUUAAAAUAACUUUUUUG